AUGGGCGACAAGGGUCUGUCAGACGAGGCAGUGGCGUCGGCUUGUAAGGAUGGAGACCCCAUUACUAAGGAUUUCAUGAUGCAGCAGACGAUGCUGCGGGUUAAAGAUCCGGCCAAAUCCUUGGAGUUUUACACCAAGAUCCUCGGCAUGACGCUCCUGCAGAAGUUUGAUUUCCCCUCCAUGCGCUUCUCACUCUUCUUCUUGGGCUACGAGGACAAGAAGGAGAUUCCCACUGAAGUCAAGGAGAAGACGGCAUGGACCUUCUCCAGAAGAGCCACCAUUGAGUUGACUCAUAACUGGGGCUCUGAGACCGAUGAGAGCGGGUCUUAUCACAACGGAAACUCCGAUCCACGUGGCUUUGGACACAUUGGAAUUGCAGUUCCUGAUGUCUAUGCAGCCUGCAAGCUGUUUGAAGAGCAAGGAGUCACAUUCGUGAAGAAGCCCGACGACGGUAAAAUGAAAGGCUUGGCCUUCAUUCAGGACCCUGAUGGUUACUGGAUCGAGAUCCUGAGUCCAAACAAUAUGGUGUCCAUUACCUCAUAAUAGCUAUGAUAACGUGCUACCUGCUGCAGCGCACACAGCGAGCAUAAUGUCCGUUUUUGGGGGGGAAGGAUUUAGCGACACGUGGAGCUGAGGGGGAAAAGGAGGCCGGCUCACUCGAUCCGCACGGACACCUGAUCAGCAAAUAGAUUCUGUACCGGAGUUUAUUGCAAUGGACAGCAAGUACUUUGUGUUCCCCCGUCAUCUGUCUGCAUGGGUCUCCAGAAAGUGAUGCUGAAACUAAAUGUGGUAUUUCUGUAUAAUAAAUGUGAAAUUCACUGUUUAAACAAAGUGUUUUUUCUGAUUUGUUAGUUUCAGAGGGGAAAAGAAAAAAGUAAUUGUAUUUUGCCAAAUCACUAAAAGGGCAGUGGAUUAUAUGAUUAAAGCAGUCAAUAAUAUGAGGACAUUUAGUGUUGAAAAGCUUCAGGAAUUCAUCAUUGAUCCAUCGUUACAGCAUCACUGUUACUGCUCUUGACUCAACUUGAUUUUGAAGACUAUUAUAAAAAUAAUCCCAAUUUAA